UCAACCAGCGGCGCCAUGGUCCGCAAGAGGAAGCUGGCUCGGAGCCGGGAGGCUCGCAAAUCCCGACAGAUUUCCCAGGAGAAGAUGAUGGCUGAGCUAGAGCGGAGGGUUGCCCAGUCGACUCCGCCUCGUGGUGCAACACCACUUUCCAAGCUAGCUGGGUCUAGCAAUGACUCGUCGAUGUUCCCACGGUUCUUCCGGUACAUGCCGCUGUCGGAACCGACCAAGCUUGGCCUCAAGAGGGGUCGCUUCUCCAAGCUGACCGACAUCCAGCGGGCGGCGGUGCCGCAUGCGCUGGCCGGGCGCGAUGUGCUGGGCGCGGCCAAGACGGGGUCUGGAAAGACGCUUGCCUUUCUCAUUCCUGUGCUGGAGACGCUCUUCCGGGCGCGCUGGUCGCACAUGGAUGGCCUUGGGGCGCUGGUCAUCUCGCCUACCCGCGAGCUGGCGGCGCAGAUCUUCCAAGUCCUCCGGACCGUCGGCUCGGGCCAUGUCUUCUCGGCCGGGCUGGUCAUUGGCGGCAAGGACUUUGAGGCGGAGCAGGUGCGAAUUCUGCGGAUGAACUUGCUGGUGGCGACGCCCGGGAGGCUGCUGCAGCACAUGGACGAGACGCCACACUUUGACGCCUCGCGGGUGCGGAUUCUUGUCCUCGACGAGGCCGAUCUGCUGCUGGAGAUGGGCUUCAAGACGACGCUCAACGCUAUCCUGGCCAACCUGCCGUCGGAGCGGCAGACGCUGCUGUUUUCAGCGACACAAACGUCGUCGGUCAAGCAGCUGGCGCGACUGUCGCUGAAGGACCCCGAGUUUGUGGCUGUUCACGAGACCGCCGACGUGACGACGCCCGACGCGCUCGUCCAGUCGUACAUGGUGCUCGAGCUGCAGCACAAGCUAGACUUUCUGAUGUCGUUCAUCAAGAAUCACCUGUCGGCCAAGACCCUGGUCUUCUUCUCAUCGUGCAAGCAGGUGCAGUUUGUGUACGAGGCGUUCCGCCACAUGCGGCCGGGCGUGCCGCUGCUCGAGCUGCAUGGCAAACAGAACCAGGCCAAGCGGAUGCAUGUGUACAACGCGUUCAACCGCGGCAAGUCGGCGGUCCUGUUCGCCACCGACAUUGCAGCGCGCGGACUCGACUUUAACGACGUCUCGUGGGUCAUCUCGCUCGACGCGCCCGACUCGGUCAAGACGUACAUCCACCGCGUGGGGCGGACGGCCCGGUUCCGGUCGGCUGGUCGUGCCCUGCUGGUCCUGCUCCCGUCCGAGGUCGACGCGCUGCUCGCCCAGCUGCAGAGCGCCAAGGUGCCGCUGACCCAGGUGAAGGCCAACCCGGAGAAGCUCAACCAUGUGGUCGGCUUCCUGCAGUCGCUCUGCUCCCGCGACGUGGCCAUCAAGGAGCGCGCCAUCCGCGCCUACAAGUCGUACGUCCGCUCUGUCUUUGUGGCCCAGAACAAGAAGGUCUUUGAUGUGGCGGCGCUCCCGCUCGACGAGUUUGCGGCCUCGCUCGGCCUCGUCUCGCGGCCCAAGCUCAAGUUCCUGCGCUCGUCGCGGACGGCGGCCGAGUCACUGGCGCGGGCCAAGGCCAAAAAGAACUCAUCGCGGUCGCAGGCCCACAAGAUGGAGCAGAUGCUCGCGCUGCUGGGCACCGACUCGGGUGCCGAGACGUCCGACGACGAGUCAGAGUGCGCGGGCUCGGACGCGGGCGCUUCGGCAGGCGCGGACGAUGCUACCGGCCGCAAGCGCAAGCGCAAGCGCAAGCGGCGUAAGAAGAAGAAGACUCUGAUCCCGGCGGUGGUCUCGUCGUCGUCGUCGUCGUCGUCGUCGGCCGAUCCCGAGUCGGAUGAUGGCCUGCUGGUUCUCAAGCGCAAGGACCACGAGCUUGAUCCGGAGCUGGCCGCGGCCGGCCCGGUUGAGACCGGCGAGACGCUCUCGUUCGAGGAGCUGCAAGCCGAGGCGCGCGCGGCGCGCAAGGCAGCCAAGAAGAACAAGAAGGCCAAGAAGCGCAUCCGGAUCGAUGACUUUGCGGAGGGCAAGAUUAUGUUCUCAGGCUCGGACUCGGGCUCGGACGAGGAGAUUGUCCGUGGCGCCGAGCGCAUUGCGCGGCUGCAGGAGCGUAUGGCGCGCGAGGAUGCCCAAGACAAGGAGAAGCAGCGCCAGCGGCUCCGCGCCCGCAAGCUCGAGCGCAAGAUCAAGGACAAGAUCCGCGCCGCCGGUCUCUCGGGCCAGAUCACGGUCGCCGAGUACCUCGAGCAGAGCGAGGACGGCCGCGGCGGCGACAUGCUGCAGCUGGUCAAGGACCGCAAGGCGUGGGCCAAGCGCAAGGCGAUGAAGGCCGAGGCCGAGGCCGCCGCCGCCGCUGCCGCCGCCGGCGAGUACUCGUACGACGACGACGACGACAACAACCGCUUCGAGCCAAUGGACCCCGAGGAGCUGCGCCGGCUCAACGCCGCCAUCCUCGGCGAUGGCAGCGGCUCGGCUGCCAGCGAUGGCGAUGUCUCCAACGAUGACGGUGACGUUUCCUCUGCUGUCCCCAACGAUGACGGCGACGUUUCCAGCGAUGGCCACAACGAAGAUGCCGAGCAUGAUGAAGCUAGCGAAAGCAGCUCCUCCGAAGCUGCGGCACCACCCCGCAAGCGGCGUCGGCGGCGCUGAUUUCAAAAGCUCGGCCCGCUGGGCAUGUGCAUGUGUAUGUAUGUAUGUAUGUAUGUA